CUUAUCCAUUGAUCAAUCAAAAUGGCCGGAUAUCCUUUGCUCUGCUUGGAGAACCCUCUCCUUGACAUACAGGCUGUCGGUGACGCCGAUCUGCUACAGAAGUAUGGACUUAAGGACAACGACGCCAUCCUCGCCGAAGACAAGCACAUGGGUCUCUACGAUGAACUGAUGAAGCUUGACGCUAAGCUCAUUGCUGGUGGCGCUGCCCAGAACACCGCCCGUGGUGCACAGUACAUUCUCCCCGACAACUCGGUCGUCUACAUUGGCUGCGUUGGAAAGGACAAGUAUGCCGAUCUCCUCAAGGACGCUUGCACAAAGGCUGGUGUCCACACUGAAUACCGUGUCGAUGAUGUCCAGCCCACCGGCAAAUGUGGUGUCAUCAUCACCGGCCACAACCGCAGCAUGUGCACUCACCUUGCUGCCGCUAACGAGUACAAGCCCGAGCACUUGAAGCAGCCUCAGAUCUGGUCUCUGGUCGAGAAAGCUCAAAUCUACUACGUUGGUGGAUACCACUUGACUGUCUCCGUUCCUGCUAUCUUGGCUCUUGCUGAGGAGGCUGCUGCUAAGAACAAGAUCUUCAUGCUCUCCCUCUCCGCUCCUUUCAUCCCUCAAUUCUUCAAGGACCAGCUCGACACCGUCCUGCCAUACACUGACUACACCUUCUGCAACGAGACUGAGGCUCGUGCCUACUCCGAGAGCCACGGCUGGGGUACCGAUGACAUUGUCGAGAUCACCAAGAAGCUUGCUCAGCUUCCUAAGAAGAACACUAGCCGUCCUCGUAUCGCUAUUGUUACCCAGGGUACCUUGCCCACUGUGACCGCCUCGGCUAAGCCUGACGGUCAGAUCGAGGUUAAGGAGUUCGCUGUCCGCGAGAUCUCCAAGGACGCCAUUACCGACACCAACGGUGCUGGUGACGCUUUCGCCGGUGGUUUCGCCGCUGGUAUUGUCGAGGGCAAGUCUCUCGAGGAGAGCGUUGACAUGGGUCAAUGGCUCGCCAGCCUCAGCAUUCAGGAGCUGGGACCUUCGUUCCCUGCCACCAAGCUGACCUACUCUAAGCAAUAAAUAAUUCAAUAAUCCCGCCGCAAAAAAUAAAAAGUCUUCAACAUUAGCCCCGUCAAUCGGCCACGGGGCUUAUAGCCUACUGCAGCUAUGAUUCUUUUUCUUCUCUGAUUGUUUUCAACCUAUACCCUAUUUUGUCUUGACUUUAACGUCCUAGACCAUGUUUCUCAGCAUACGCAAUUUGCAUGUAACGGCUAUCAUGCGAUAUAUGUGACGUUCUCAACAACGAUUUAUGAAUAAAAUUGGUUAAUAUCAUAUGGAGCAUUUUUCUGCAAUGAAAACAAUAAACCGCAUAGUUCAUGUUUGAGCUAGCAUACUUCGUAGAUAAAUGUUCGCUCUUCGCCGGAUGGAGAAAAUACAUAGGAUAACUGUUCAUUCCUUCC